AUGGUGGGCUGCUUUGCAUGCUUCAAGCCAGCGGGUGAGGAAGAGGUGGACGAGGAGGCGCCACUGCCGUCGACGUCGAGGAGGCGCGGUCGUAGCCUGCGAUUGUCGUCGUGUUCGUCGUCCAACAAGCGUAACCAAGCGGCCGGUAAUAACCCAGCGGCGGCGGCGGCGGCGGCGUCGAGCAGCAACGUCGACAGCAGAGCGCGCGCGUUCACUUACGGCGAGCUCGCGGCGGCGACGGACAACUUCCGGGCGGAGUGCCUGCUGGGGGAGGGCGGUUUCGGGCGCGUGUACCGGGGCCGGCUGGAGAGCGGGCAGGUGGUGGCGGUGAAGCAGCUGGACCGCGAGGGAGCGCAGGGCAACCGCGAGUUCGUGGUGGAGGUGCUGAUGCUGAGCCUCCUGCACCACCCCAACCUGGUGAACCUGGUGGGCUACUGCGCCGACGGCGAGCAGCGGCUGCUGGUGUACGAGUACAUGGCGCUGGGGUCGCUGGCGGACCACCUGCUGCUGGACAGCAGGGGCAACGGCAACGGCAACGCCCCCGAGCGGCAGGCGGAGCAGCGCGCGCUGAGCUGGGAGACGCGCAUGCGCGUCGCGCUGGGCGCCGCCCGGGGGCUGGAGUACCUGCACGAGACGGCCAACCCGCCCGUGAUCUACCGCGACCUCAAGUCCUCCAACGUCCUCCUCGACGACGCCCUCUGCCCCAAGCUCUCCGACUUCGGGCUCGCCAAGCUGGGCCCCGUCGGCGACCGCUCCCCGCGCGUGAUGGGCACCUACGGCUACUGCGCCCCCGAGUACGUGCGCGCCGGCACCCUCACCGUCAAGACCGACGUGUACAGCUUCGGCGUGCUGCUGCUGGAGCUCGUCACCGGGCGGCGCGCCGUGGACUCCACCAGGCCCGCCGCGGAGCAGCUGCUGGUGGCCUGGGCCAUGCCCAUGCUCCGGGACAGCAAGAGGUACCGCGAGCUGGCCGACCCGCUCCUGCGGGGGGACUUCCCGGAGAGGGACCUGAAGCAGGCCGUGGCCGUGGCCGCCAUGUGCCUGCAGGAAGAGGCAUCCGCUCGCCCGCUCAUGAGCGACGCGGCCAUGACGCUGGCAUACCUCGCAGAAGCGGCGGCGGCGGCGGCGGCAAGCAGCGGUACUACGCCUAGCUAG